AUGAGGCUUGAUCCAGUGCAUUUCUCCAUGCUGGUCAUCGGGGUCUCCUUCGCCUGUUACGCCCCGAGUCUCAACUCCCUCCAGGACCAGGCGUACCGAUCAGCCGUGGUCAUCGAGGGCGAGGUGCGCUCCUCCCCGGAGAACGUCUCCUCCCGGGAGCCCUACAGUGUGAAUGUCAAAGUGCUGGACGUGUGGCCCGUCAACAGCGGCGGCCUCGAGAGGGAGCAGCUCGUGACCGUCGGGGACUUCGGUUCCGAGGCCCCGUGCACCACGGUGGAGAAGGACCACAGAUAUAUCUUUUUCAUGGACCCGACCGCCGAGCCCUUGGUAUUCAAGGCAUCGUACGCCCCUGUGGACGCCAGCGAGCCGGAGCUGAAGAAGGAUGUGGAGAGAGUGUUGUGCGAGGACUGCGCCUCUGCUCCUAAGCUCCGGCUGAUGCGAGGCCAGUCUCUGAUGGAAGGGGACAAGCUGUACUUGAAGUGUGAGGCGUCGGGGAAUCCCAGCCCUUCCUUCCGCUGGUACAAAGAUGGACACGAGCUUCAGAAAGGCAGAGACCUCAAAAUAAAGACCAACAAAAAAAACUCAAAGGUGCAGAUCAGUCGUGUCCGUGUUGAAGAUUCUGGCAACUACACAUGUGUGGCUGAAAACUCGCUAGGACAAGAAAACGCCACGAGUAUAAUCAGCGUGCAGAUCUUGACCACCACCACCCUGUCUCCGGGUGUGAGUCACGCGAGGCGCUGCAAUGACUCUGAGAAGACCUACUGCGUCAAUGGAGGAGACUGUUACUUCAUACAUGGUAUUAACCAGCUGUCCUGCAAGUGUCCCAAUGACUAUACGGGGGACCGCUGUCAAAACUCCGUCAUGGCCGGUUUCCACAAGCUUCUCAGAAUUGAAUUUAUAGAGGCUGAGGAGCUCUACCAGAGGCGGGUGCUAACGAUCACAGGCAUCUGCGUGGCGUUGUUGGUGGUUGGCAUCGUUUGUGUGGUGGCCUACUGCAAAACCAAGAAGCAGAGGAAGAAGAUGCAUAGUCACCUACACCAGAACCAGAAUCAGUGUUUGGAGCAACCCAACCGCAUGCUGGCCAACGGGCCCAACCACCCUGGGCCUGGUCCUGAGGAGAUCCCCAUGGUUGAUUACAUCUCCAAGAGUGUCCCUACGACAGAGUGUGUGAUCAGCCACGGUGCUGAGGGUGCAGGCAACUACGCAGGCAGCCGAAUGUCGACCCGCUCCCACCACUCUACCACUGCCUCACAUGCUUCCAGACACGAGGAGCAGACGUGGAGCAUGGAGCGAACAGAGAGUAUGAACUCAGACUGCCAGUCAGGUGGGCUGUCCAGCUCUGUGGGAACCAGUAAGUGCAGCAGCCCAGCAUGCAUGGCGAGGAGGGCUGCCCACUGGGGCUGUGCGGACACGUCUGGACCGGGGAUGCAGUACGGGGACUCUUAUGACUCUCUAAGAGACUCACCUCACAGUGACAGGUACGUGUCGGCGCUGACCACGCCAGCGCGCUUGUCUCCAGUGGAGUUCCACUACCCCCCGUUGCCACCCCAGGUGCCCACCUUCCAGAUCACCUCGCCCAACACAAGCCACGCCCUCUCCCUGCCCCCUGCUGCUGCUGCCUACAACAGAGAUGACGACCAGCCGCUGCUACGAUGCCCUGAUGAUGGAAGUUUAUACAGGCAGCCUCGGCGUCCGCGGCGACCCUACCUGACGGAGAGCACAGGGAGUCUACCGUCCAGCCCCUACCGUCUCCCUGACGAUGAAGCCUACGAGACCACGCAGGAGUACGCCUCAUCACGGGAACCCAUCCGGAGCCGGCGCCGCCGGCGACGCAACCGCCUCAACGGACACAUCUCCCAGCGUUCAGCGGGCCUACGGGACUACAGCUCACAGAGCUUCAGCCAGUCAGAAGACGAAGAGGAGGAGGAGGAGGAAGAGGAUGCUCAAGGGGAGAGCACACCUUUCCUUAGUAUGCAGAACAUGAACGUGGACCCGCCCUUAACGGUCCCGGGUUUUCGUUCGUCAUCCGGUGCGGACACACGGACUCACCGCGGGCUGAGUCGGCCGGGGACACGCAGCAACGGGCAGAGCCGCGGCUCCCAGUCGCAGCGCUACAAGGCUGACAACAUGCCCCUUUAA